AUGCAGGUCGGCUUCUUCGUUGCGUUUCUCCUCGUCCUGGUGGCUGCCGUUGGCCACGUCGACAGCCGUCGAUGGCAGGACCGCCUCGUCUUCGCAAAAGACGAUCGGACGGAGCACGAGGGGGGUGGGAGCGCACAGAUGCACCUGGGCAACAGAUACGGAGCAAGGAGCCUCCUCAGCGUGCUUGAGAGCCGCGACCUCGCGGCGGACGGCGCACAGGGAGGCCUCGACGCGGCGCUUGGCCUCGAAGCCGAGGCGGGCCACCGCCGAAGCCCGACGUGGCGACGGGCUGUGCACGCGUGGCAGAGAGCUGGCGACGGGCGGCGCGUGCUGGCACAAGGUAGCCGUGCUUCGCACGUGGAUGACCCGUUCGAUGAUGAGUCGUUCGGUAACGGCGAGAAGGAUGAGGAUAGCCCCGUGACGUCGAGCUUCCGUGGAAGGUGGAGCCACACGGGCGCCGGGGCCGCGUCUGCUUACCUGACGCACGACGCCGGCGUCGCGGUGCUGCGCCUGCGCGCCUACAAGCCCGAGAGCGACGCGCAGGAGCCCUUGCCGCGCCCGAGAGUGAACGACAAGGACAGGCGGGACCGCGGGGCGGCACCGGAGGUGCGGCAGGUGCUCGGGGAGAUGGUGCUGCGGGACGGGGAGUCCGUCGGGAGCGAGGCGGUCAAGUUCAACGUGCGGGGCGUCUACGUGCCGGAGACGGGCAGGCUCGUCGCGGCCAUGGAGCCGCACGCCCUCACACCGAUGCACGCCCGCGUCGCAUCCAACACCACGGACCGAGCGUCGUACCGGGAAGCGCUGCGGUCCGCGGCGCAGCGCCUGGGCGACUCGCGCCCGUUCGGCGCGCCCCCGUCGGCGGCGGACCUGUUCGACGACGAGGGCCGGCUGCAGCACCGCUGCACGCUGACGCUGGACGCGGGCGUCUUCUCGUGGGACGGGACGCACACCGACGCCGCGUCGCUCCCCGCCGGCGUCCCGGUCGACCUCGCGCCGAUCCCGCGCCCGCACGAGGCGCAGUGGGGCUUCCUCGACGCCGCCAUCGCCGGCGCCGUGCGCAGCGACCCCAGCUGCGGGCUCACCGCGCACUUUCUGGCGCGCGCCGUGGACCUGGACGCGUACUACAGCAAGGCGUCCGUGUACGCGUCGUUCAUGGGGUGCAUCACGAUCGCGCUGUCGUGGCUCUUCGUGCGCCUCCCCGCCGCGCAGGGCGGCCCCGGGCUGCCGCGCGUGUCGCAGGGCUGCGUGAUGAUGCACGCCGUGCUGGACGCGUACCUGUGCCUGCUGCACCUGACCGUCGCGAUCGUCGUCGAGCGCCUCUGCUUCACGCUCGGCACGCUCGCCGUGCUGCAGUUCAUCCUCUUCGCGGUCAUCGAAAUGCGGCUCCUGCUCGCCGCGUGGCGCGCGACGGACGGAGCGAGCAUGGACAUGAAUCAGGCCAGGCGCGCGGUCUCCGUGAUCUACACGCGGUUCUACCUGCUCCUGCUCGGCCUGCUGCUGCUGUCCUUCAACGUCGCGCCCGCCACGGCGUGGCUCGCGCUCGUCCCGGCGUCGUUCUGGGUGCCGCAAAUCCACAAGAGCGCGCGCGCGGGACAGCGUCCCCCGUUCGACCCGCGCUUCAUCUGGGGCACCACCGCCCUGCGCCUCCUCCCGCUCGCGUACGUUCUCGUGUGCCCGAACAACGUCCUGCGCACCGCACCGUCGCCAGGGCUGUUCUUGCUGCUGGGCGGCUGGGUGGUCGCGCAGGCUGCGGUGCUGCACCUGCAGCUCCUCUGGGGGCCCAUGUGGCUCGUGCCCGUGGCGUGGCGGCCACAGAAGUACGACUACUACCGCAAGGUGGUGCUGCGGGAGGAGGACCAGGGCGACGUGGAGACGGGGGAGGCGGGCCCGCUGUGCGCCAUCUGCAUGGCGGUCGUGGAGGUGGACCCCCCCGCGGGGCGCAUGGUCACGCCCUGCAACCACUUCUACCACCCGACCUGCCUCUUGCGAUGGAUGGACAUCAAGCACGAGUGCCCCACGUGCCGGCAGACGUUGCCGCCGGUGUAG